AUGGAGGCGGUGGUAUUCGAUGGGAAAACCCUCACACUAAAAUAUGAUCCAGAGUAUCCCAUGCCAAAGAUCUUGAAAGAUGAUGACGUUAUCGUGAAAGUGGAAUACUCUGGCGUCUGCGGUACAGAUCUUCACAUUAUCCAGGGCGAGUUCCCAGCAUCCAAACAAAGACCUUUGCUCUUAGGCCAGAAAGUGGUUGUUGAUCCUAACCGGGCAUGCAGUAUUUGCGAAUUUUGUCGCGACGGCAAUUACCAGUAUUGCUCGACUGGGAUUAAACGCAACGUCGGCAUCUGGCGUGAUGGAGGCUGGGCACAAUACGUGCUGGUGCCACAAGACCAAGUGUACGCUUUACCCGAUGAAAUCACUACAGAACAGGCUGGUCUCUGCGAGCCUUACUCUUGUAUCUCCCAUGGUUUUGACCGUGCCUCGCCGCUGUCAAUUGGUAGCAAAAUUCUCAUAGUUGGUGCUGGUAUUAUAGGAAACCUUUGGGUUACAAUACUACAUCAUCAAGGGCAUAGAGAAGUAACAGUUUCCGAGAUGAACAAAGCCAGGCUGGAAAUUGUCAAGAAACUAGAUACCGGCUUCAGGCUUAUAACACCUGAUGUAUUAGAGAAGGAAAAACAAUUAUAUGACGUCAUAAUCGAUUGCACCGGAGUUGGCAAAGUGAUGGAAACAAGUUUUAACUAUUUGAGACACGGUGGGAAAUAUGUGCUGUUCGGAUGCUGCCCACCCACGCACACAGCUACAGUGAAUCCCUUCCAAAUUUACGACAAGGAAUUGACGAUAAUCGGCGUAAAGAUCAACCCCUUUAGCUUUCCGAAAGCCAUCGGCUGGCUUAAAGCCAUGGGCAGCAGAUAUCUUGACUACGACAAGCUCGGCGUGAAAACCUUCAAGCUGUCUCAGUACCAGGAGGCUCUGAACGAUCUCAAGGCUGGCGCUAUCUCUAAAGCAAUCUUUAAAGUAGUUUAA